GCGGACAGCAGCGCAGCGGCGGGGACCACAGCGGCCCAGGGUCGGUCUGGGGUUCUAGCAGCCGGCCCUGUCCUCCCAGCCGGCUUCAGAGAAGAUGCCAGAACAGAGCAAUGACUACCGUGUGGUCGUAUUUGGCGCAGGCGGCGUGGGCAAGAGCUCCCUGGUGCUCCGCUUUGUGAAGGGGACGUUUCGUGACACUUACAUCCCCACCAUAGAGGACACGUACCGGCAGGUGAUCAGCUGUGACAAGAGCGUGUGCACACUGCAGAUCACGGACACCACCGGCAGCCACCAGUUCCCGGCCAUGCAGCGGCUGUCCAUCUCCAAGGGCCACGCCUUCAUCCUGGUGUUCUCGGUGACCAGCAAGCAGUCGCUGGACGAGCUGAGCCCCAUCUACAAGCUGAUCGUGCAGAUCAAGGGCAGCGUGGAGGACAUCCCCAUCAUGCUGGUGGGGAACAAGUGUGACGAGACGCAGCGGGAGGUGCACACCCGCGAGGCGCAGGCCGUGGCACAGGAGUGGAAGUGCGCCUUCAUGGAGACCUCGGCCAAGAUGAACUACAACGUGAAGGAGCUGUUCCAGGAGCUGCUGACGCUCGAGACGCGCCGCAGCGUCAGCCUCAGCGUGGACGGCAAACGCUCCAACAAGCAGAAGAGGGCCGACCGCAUCAAGGGCAAGUGCGCGCUCAUGUGAGCCGGCCAGAGCCGGCUUGGGCCUCCCGGGCUCCUGCUCCCCUCCCUCCUCCCUUCCCUCCCCUCUUCUCUUAGUACUCCUCUCCUCCCUCCCCCUCCUCUCUCUUCUCUGUCCCUCCCUUCUUUGCUCCUGCUCCUCCUUCCUUAGUUCGUUUUGCCCAUCCCUCCUCCCCCUCCCGCCAUCUCUCCUCCCUCUUCCCAUCCCCACCAGCCUACAGUAGGGUCAGGCUCCAUCCCCGCCCUUCACACCUCCAUGGCUUCAUCCUUUGCCGACCUCUCCCUCUGUGUCUCUCUCUGCUCCCCCCCCACCCCCGUUCUAUCUGUACCCCACAACCACACACUGGGGGGUUUGAUCCCUGCAGAUUUGAAAACAGGGACCCGGCUAAGGAACUGCUUGUCCCAGUCAGGACCAGAGAGGCCAUAUUGCCUCUCCAUCUCUGGCCCUUUCCCCCCCCUCCCCCGGUGUUCCCAGCCAUGUCCACAUUCUAUCACUGUGACCUCCGGGGAGUUCCCGUUGACCUCAUCUUCCCUCACUAAUAUCUUAUUUCUCUCACCCGAUCCUGUCCUUUCCCCAUGACCUCUGACCUGUGUCCUUCCCUGGGUCCAGAACACCCCUGUCCUCUCCUGUCUGCACACCAGGGUGGAUGGGCCCUCGGGCGGGGCCUCAGGCCCCAGGCAAUAAACACAGGGCCUGCAGCAAUGCCCGCCCAGAGCACCGCCUCUGGAAUGGCGGACACCCACAGCACAAGCCCAGGACUGCCCUUCAGGAGAGGUGCAUGGGGACCCUGAGCCUGGAGUGUGGAGCGGCUGCCUGGACACUGCCUUCUGCUGAGACAGAGACCUUGGCACAGUGGUGCCUCCAUGGCCACCCCGACUGGGGGUUUGGGGCGUUGGUGAUGGGGUGCCCAGGUGAGGGACUAUCAGCCCCUCUGUGGGAGGUGAUGGAACAGGGGCUGCUGCCCCAAGGCUCUGACAGAACCUGAGCCCCUCUGCUGGUCACGUGUACUCCAGAGCCUGUUCCCCACGUCCGCCCUGAGUUACGGAGCCCCCGUGGUAUCUGCGAGACUGUCUGGGACCCCGAGCGGCUCCUGGGCCUGUGUCCCACCCACAUGAGGGUGACUUAGAAGUGUGUGUUUCUGUGACCGUGUGUGUGGAUGGGUGUGUGUCUGUCUGGGGAUGGGGUGUUCUUGCACCACUUGGUGUUCUU